AUUAUGAGCCGAAGCCCAAUGAACCCCCGAGUGCAUACAGAAGAAACUCCGGGCAAACCCUCCUCGACUAGUUACAUGGCCUGCUCCGAUUCCGGUUCACUUUUCCGUCGCCGUUCCAAGGAAUCAUCAUCCAGUUCCCCCCCAAAACCAAAGAGUCUUAGUGAAGUUCAAGAUGAGCUUGUCAAGAAAUAUCCUCCCGGUGCUGUGGUUAUUCUGACUAGAACUCCGUCGAGAUCAGCUGAUGAUUUCAGGUGGGACUAUCACAGGCCGAAAUACCGAUAUCCUACUUGUGAGGAAUGGAUUGAAAAGUUCUACGAGUACCAACGCUUGUGUGGAAGAAAUUGUCCCGUAUGGUCCAAGAUACAGAUUGAGACCUGUGGUCUUGAGGUGUACCCCGAAAAGCUAUUGAAUGACUCGAGUUGAAAUAGCUAGAGAAUGACUUAACUUGCAGUUGUUGGGUUUGAAUGUGAAGAUCCAGAGGCUUACUCCAGGCAUUAUCAGUUAGAGAAACAGAUUUUGUUGCUGAUGCUUGCGCUACUGUAUGCUCCUAUAAAGACGUUGAAAUGAUUUGACUUCCUCAAUUCAUUCCCUCUGUUGGAAAGCUUUUUGAGUAUGCAACUCUAGACAAA